AUGCACGCUAAGAUGGAUACACCAACAGCUCACCAAUACGUCUACAUUGGUAGAGGUGGUGCUGGCAAUAUUCACAAGACAGAUUCCAAAAUUUCUCCAAAAUUGGUCCCACAAGGCUCACAGACUCCAAAUAUUUUACAUCCUGUUUUCAGUACUGGUAGAGGUGGUGCUGGUAAUAUGAGGAAAAAUGUAGAUCCAAAAUUAACUAGAAUUGCUCAAGAUGUAGGUGAUGCUGUAAUUAUUCCUGAAGAUUCUGUUACCGUCUUUGCAUCACCAUGUUCUAGUGAUAGUGAUAGUGAUGAUGAAGAUAUAAUAGAUGAUUCAUAUUACAAUGUGGAUGAUGAUUCUUUCGUUAGUGACACGACACUUAAUAGUCAUGAUCACUUAGAAAAAAAUAAAUCUAUUUCUAGAAUUAAAUCAAUCGUAAGCGAUUCGAAAGUUCUAGAUAAACCAAAUCAUCACCGCAAUCAUAAGAUACAGAAGACACUCACUUCAACAAAGGAUUCCUCUAAAUCUCCACCGCCUCCACCUCAUUACCCUUUCCAACAGAGACCGGUUAGAAUUGGAAGAGGUGGUGCAGGAAAUUUAUUAUCACCAACUACAAGUAAUAAUAAAUCUGUGACAUCUAAUUCUUCCAAUUCUAAGAGUAAAAAUUGGUUAUCUUCAAUUUUUCAUUCAUAUAACUACUUUGUUAAGGUACAUUGCGUCACCCCAUUACUCAUUCACUAA